AGGAUGCACUCUAAUUAAACACAAAAGUUACAAUAGAACUUGCUUCCUUCUGUCAAAAACAUCAAUCUAUAUUGCCUACAGAUAAGAUAAGAAAGAAAUAAUUGAGAGAAAUGAUGAAUAUUAGUGAAGAAGCAAAGGUUGUAUGUGUCACCGGUGCUUCAGGUUACAUUGCUUCAUGGAUUGUUAAGUUUCUCCUGCAACGCGGUUACACCGUUAAAGCCACUGUUCGUGACCCAAGUAAUCCAAAUAAGGUUAAUCACUUGCUUAAACUCGAUGGUGCAAAGGAAAGAUUGCAACUCUUUAAGGCUGAUCUAUUAGAAGACGGUUCCUUUGAUUCUGCUAUUCAAGGUUGCCAUGGUGUCUUUCACACUGCUUCACCUGUUCAGUUUGGUGUCGACGACCCUCAGAAAGAAAUAAUUGAUCCAGCAGUGAAGGGAACUAUGAAUGUUUUGAAAUCAUGUGCGAAAUCACCAUCUGUGAAACGGUUUGUUUUUACUUCUUCUAUUGUCACAGCUUUAUAUAGCGGAAAACCUCGAAACCCAGAAGCUGUAGUUGAUGAGACAUGGUUUUCAAAUCCAGAUUUCUUACGUAACAAAAAGAUGUGGUAUCAAUUUGCAAAGACUUUAGCCGAGGAAGUUGCCACAAAAUUUCUAACAGAAAACAAUAUUGACUGCAUUGUUAUGAAUCCAGCUAUGACGAUUGGGCCUCUCUUGCAACCUGAGAUUAACGAAAGUUCCACUUUAAUUCUUGACUUAAUAAAUGGUUCAGAAACAUUCACCAAUGCUGCGGUCGCAUGGAUCAAUGUGAAGGAUGUUGCAAUCGCACAUAUUCUGGCAUACGAGGAUUCUUCGGCUAGUGGAAGAUACUGUUUGUCUGAAAGAGUGAUACAUUUCUCUGAACUUACUAAGAUUUUAGGUCAUAUGUAUCCAACAUUGCAAAUUCCGAACAAGUGUGCUGAUGAUAAGCCUUUGAAACAAAUAUUUCAAGUUUCAAAAGAAAAGGCAAAGAAAUUGGGAGUUGAAUUUAUUCCUCUGGAAGUGAGCCUUAAAGAGAUUGUGGAAAGUUUGAAAGAGAAAAGUUCCGUGAAACGAUAAAAAGCAUAAACCACAUAAGGAAGAUUUUCAAUCUACCAAAGCAUAAAGAGGCAUGGUUUCAGGAUGUACUGUAUCUAUCUGGGCUACAAGGUUUAUGUGUGACUGGGUACAAGAUCAUUAACCAUGGCAUGUUGGUGGCUUUUAUAGAGAGAUGGCACAAGAAGAC